AAACUUUAAACAGUUCGUUUUGAGAUCUGAACCACACCUAACCAUCCAAAGAUUCUUACAGUAUUAUAUAACAGUGACAUUCAACUGUACCAAGAAAAAAAAAAGCUUCAUCUCAUAAUCAGGGUGUAAAGAGUACUCAAUCAUUGAAAAUUUCACACCUACCCGAAUGAUUUUUCUUUCUGGGUUUUGCCAAAAAUCUCCCUGAUCUUUGAAUUUCUGCUACUCAAUCUGUUGACUUCAAGGCUAAUAUUCCUUUUCUUUUCUGGGUUUUUUUUUUUCCUUGAUUCAAACCAAAGUUUUCUGCUUUGAUUUUCUUUCAGCUUGCUUGAUCUUGUCUACUGCUACUUGUUCUUCCUAAAUGUUUAACCUUUCCUAUUUUGUGAUGGUUUUCAGUGAAGUGUCUUUGCUCGUUCUUCAUUUCAUCUUGAGGUUUUCACUUUUAUCUGUUGGUUGAAGCUCAAAAAGCUCCAGAUUUUACUGUUUGUUUACUCCGUGGCUGCAGUUUUUUAGUGAAAGCAGAUCUGAAAUUGCUACUGGCCUUCACUGACUGGUGUUCUUAUUAAGAAUCUGAGCUAUUAAUUUCAUUUGCUGAAGCUUUAACUGUAGUCCUUUUUAGCAUUUAAUGGCUUCUAUUAUACAACUGUAAACUAAGCAAUCUGCUUCUUCUUUUUAUUUUUUUAUUUUUUUAUUUUGGGUUUAGAGGUUAAAAAGUGCUUUUUUGUACCAACCUUGCAUUUUUUCUUAAAAGGGUUUAUUAGGUUCACUUCCCUCACCUGGGAAAAUUUCAAUUUCUAUAGAAGGGAGAUUUCAAUUUUCAGUUUCUCUGUUAAGAUAAUGUAAAAGGGUAUAUAAGUUCAUCUUUAAAUGGGAUCAAACCCUGUUUUUCUUGAUGGGUUUCCAUCAUUUUCUGAGGUGAUGGACUCACAACCAGCCCUAACCAUUUACACAGAUGUGAGUGUGGUGCCAGAGCAUGAAAAAAGCCAGCUGGAGCAGUCAAUAUCCAAUCUUCAAGGAGAAAUCUUGCAGUUAAAGCUAAAGCUGAGGUCAUUUGAUGAGAAUAGAAAGAAAGCCUUGAAUAAGAUAAUAGACAUCAAAGGCGGUAUUCGAGUGUUUUGUAGAGUUAGACCCUUCAUCUUGACAGAAAAAAAAAAGAUUCUUGAACCUAUCUCCAUUGGAUCAGAGAAUAUCGUGGUUAAGACUGCGGGAAACAAGAAGGUUUUUGAAUUUGAUAAGGUGUUUCACCAAGCUGUAAAUCAAGAAGAUGUUUUCGUCGAGGUUGAGCCAAUUAUUAGAUCUGCACUUGAUGGCCACAAUGCAUGUAUUUUGGCAUAUGGGCAAACUGGCACUGGCAAGACCUUUACAAUGGAUGGCACAAAUGAGCAGCCGGGUAUUGUUCCUCGAGUUCUUGAAGAGCUAUUUCGUCAACAAUCUUUGGAUAAGUCAUGUUCUUUAACAUUUUCAAUGAGUAUUUUGGAGGUUUAUAAGGGGAAUUUGAAAGAUCUACUUGCUCCAAGAUCAGCACUUAGAGCAUAUGAAGUUGUAUCAAAAUGCAAUCUGAGCAUUCAAACAGAUUCAAAGGGAUGUGUAGAAAUCGAGGGUCUGACAGAAAUUGAAAUCCCGGAUCUUGCAAAAGCGAAAUGGUGCUACAACAAGGGAAGAAAGACGCGGUCCACCUCAUGGACUAAUGUAAAUGAGGCAUCUAGCAGGUCACACUGUUUAACGAGGAUCACCAUUUCUCGAAAUGGGAAUACUCCGGAUUCUAGACCACGAGCUAGCAAACUCUGGAUGGUUGAUCUCGGAGGAAGCGAAAGAUUACUGAAAACAGGAGCAACCGGACAAACACUCGAUGAGGGACGGGCCAUAAAUCUGUCUCUUUCUGCUUUAGGAGAUGUUAUUGCAACUCUAAGAAAGAAAAAGGGUCAUGUGCCUUACAGGCAAGUUCUGUUGAUAUUUCAGGAGCUAAAGAGGCAAAAAGAGAAACAGAUUGCAGAAUUUGAAGAGGAAAUGAGAGAAGCUGAAGAAGAAUGCCAGAAAAUCGUUAACCAACUCCAGAAAGCUGAAUUCAUUUUAACUGAAAGCAAAAAGAUUUUGUCAACAACUUAUCAUCCCGAAAAUGAAAACGAUAGUAACCCCAAGACUCCAGAAGAUUUAAAACAAGUUAGUAAUAACAUGUCUCAAGUGUCAGAAAAAGGCGUUAAACGCAAUAUUUAUAGCUCUCUCCCUCGGUUUAUGACUUCUACUGUUGCCAGUAGACAAAGGCAAAGUGCUUCAGAAAAAGAGGUUGGUGGAAGGACAACAAGUUUGAGAUCAAGUACAAGAAGUUCAAUGCAGUUUUCAACUUCUCAGUCUGUUAGCUUCUCAGACAAUCGUUUUCGAGCUCUUGUACAAAGUUCAAACAAGAAAUCACGGUUCAUGCACACAAGUACUAUCCACCCUGUUGAGAUCCCGAAAUUCAAUGGGACGGCUUUGAAGACGAGCUCCUUGUCAAGUAGCAAAAUGGUCACUUCAUCGGAUCCAAACUUGAGAGUUACUCUUUCUCGACAUAGAAGAAGAAUGUCCGAUUUUAUCUAACAUCGAAAAAAAGGUUCUUGUUUGAUGAUCAUCUCUGGUUUCGAAAAACUUUCGGUUUUUCUUCUUUUACAGGGUUGGGGGUAUCAAGUUUUAUACAUUUGUAUGAAUUUCUCAUUACAUUAUAAUUUACACAUUGAUUUGGAGUGGUGUGUUUAGGGUUUAAGUACUGUUAACAUGACUGUUAAUGUUGUAUCAUGGAGUGGGUUGAGGUGCUUGUAACAUUGUUUAGAACUAUAUCAUAUGUGAAAGAAUUUUGGUCUCUCUUAA